AUGAUGCUUCCGGGCAGCUGAUUUUAUUUUAAAGAGAUGAUAAUCGAAUCAAGGUUGAUGUUAUAUGAUAUAAUUGAUAGAUGUAGAGAUAACAAGACUUGUAUCAGAUUGUUUGGAGACUUUCUAACUGAUAAAAACGGAAAUUUAUUGUCUUGUUUUUAUGCGACCUGAAUUGAGUGACAAUAUUAAGCAGUUGGAUAUCAAAACAAACCGAAAGUAGAGUUGACUUCCUUAUUCAUGCAGCACACUCUGGCCACACUCUGAGGAGAAGACACUUUCUAAAGUAGGAUGACGAAGUAUAAGUAUAGUAAGCUGGAAGAUUCAGAAGAUGGAGCUGUCUUAGAUAAGUCCUGUGAUGGAAAUAAAUCUCCAGAUUUACCAAGAGGAAAGAAGUUUGAAGUUCAUGUCAAGAAAGUCAGCAUGAGAAAUGGAGUAUUUUGUGAAUUUUUGAUAAUUUUGAUUGUAUUUUUGUUGUGUUUAAUGUUAAUACAAUCAGCGUUCACAAACACCUGUUUAUUUUCAAAAGUUUUUAAUUAUACCAAAUCUUCCCUCGAUCACAAGCAAUCUGAUUUGAGACAUACUCCUAGUUCUUUGAACAGACACCAGUCUUAUUUUGAGAUUGUUGAAAUAAACAUUGAAGAAGAUGUGGUCUAUCAAGAAAUCAGUCAAAAUCAAGUAGAUGAACAAGCAGUUGUCAAAAACUUUCAACAAUACAAAACUUCAAAAGAAAAAACUCGAGAUAAACAAUGUUAUAUUGUUGAUGAUGGGAAGAAAUUUGAUUGUCAUCCUGAAGCAGGGACAACAAAGGAGACAUGUGAGGCAAGAGGAUGUUGUUAUUAUCCUGUUAAGAAAUAUAAUGAAAAUCCACCAGGCAUACCUUACUGUUAUUAUCCUUUAAACUACCCCAGUUACACUGUUGAUAAAAUAGAAAAUAAAAAACAAGGUUAUGAUGUGUUUUUAUCCAGAAAAACUCCUUCAUAUUACCCUCAAGAUGAAAUGAAUUUGAAAAUGGAAAUCAAGAAGGAAACUUCAUCAAGACUUCAUAUUAAGAUCAGUAAUCAGAAAGAAGAUAGAUGGGAAGUGCCCCUCCCAACUUCAGGCAGUACCAAGAGAGAUACUGUCAUUCAACCUGACAAUGAAGAUACUCUAUAUUCAGUGGCUGUGGCUGAUGUAGGACAACCGUUUGGUUUCCAAGUCAAUAGAACUGGUGAUGGAGCUAAAAAUAUAUUGGAAACAGCAGGAGGGUUUAUAUUUGCUGACCAAUUUUUACAGUUAUCCUAUUUUUUGCCCUCUCAAUUUAUAUAUGGAUUAGGAGAACAUAGAGAUUCAUUAUUACAUUCUAUGAACUGGACAAGAUUUGUUUUGUGGAAUCGUGAUCAACCUCCCACUGAAAAUGGUAAUUUAUAUGGAAGCCACCCAUUCUAUCUGAUGAUGGAGAAUGAUGGUAAUAGUCAUGGUGUUUUAUUAUUAAAUAGUAAUGCAAUUGAGGUAUUAUUACAACCAGCUCCAGCUAUAACAUGGAGAAGUAUAGGUGGUGUGAUAGAUUUAUACAUGUUUCUUGGACCUAAUCCUAGUGAUGUUAUACAACAAUAUACUGAGGUCAUAGGUCGUACCUUCAUGCCACCAUAUUGGAGUUUAGGAUUUCAUCUUUGUAGAUGGGGUUUCCAUACAGUAAAUGAAACAAUGCAGGUGGUAAAGAACAUGUCUAGAUAUGGCAUACCUCAGGAUGUACAAUGGAAUGAUAUAGAUUAUAUGGAUGCUAAAAAAGACUUUACCACUGAUCUGAAGAAUUUUGGUGAUCAGUCAGCCAUGGUGGAUGAAUUUCAUAAACUAGGUUUACAUUACAUUAUGAUAAUUGAUCCUGGAAUUAGCAGUACCACAUCACCUGGUACCUACCAUCCAUUAGAUUUAGGUUUAGAAAUGGGAAUAUUUAUUAAAGAUAUUAAUGGUAAACCUAUUGAGGGAAAAGUGUGGCCAGGUAACACAUACUUUCCUGAUUUUACUCAUCCUGAUUCUCAGAAAUACUGGACUAAUAUAUCUGCUACAUUCCAUAAUUCAGUUCAAUUUGAUGGCAUCUGGAUUGAUAUGAAUGAAAUCAGUAAUUUUGUGGCAGGAUCAAUAAAUGGAUGUCCUACUAAUUCUUCUUUAGAAAAUCCACCAUAUUUACCAGCUAUAAAUGGUAAUAAAUUAUCAGUUAAUACACUAUGUUUAACAGCUCAACAAUAUCUAUCUUCUCAGUAUAAUGUUCAUAAUCUGUAUGGUUUUACUGAAACAAGAGCUACACAUAAUGCUCUGGUAAGCAUACGCCAAAAGAGACCUUUUGUAAUAACACGUUCUACGUUUGUUGGUUCUGGUUAUUAUGGUGGACAUUGGUCAGGAGAUAAUUAUGCUUCUUAUCAUGAUCUUUAUAGAUCAAUUUCAGAAUCAUUGAGUAUGAAUAUGUUUGGUGUAACAAUAGUAGGAGCUGAUAUUUGUGGUUUUAGAGGAGAUACUACAGAAGAAUUAUGUACAAGAUGGCAUCAGCUUGGUGCUUUUUAUACAUUCUCCCGAAAUCAUAACAAUAAUGGAAACAAGGCCCAAGAUCCAGCCUCAUUUGGUCCAGCCCUAGCCAAGUCAACUAGAAAAGUUUUACUAACAAGAUAUACACUAUUACCAUAUUUAUAUACCUUGAUACAUAAAUCACACAUGAUGGGUCAUACUGUUAUGAGACCACUGUUCUUUGAGUACCCCACUGAUGUUACAACCUACAAUAUAGACAAACAGUUUUUAUGGGGACCCGCUUUAUUAAUAACACCAGUAUUAGAUGAGGGAGUAAGAAGUGUUGAAGGGUAUUUUCCUAAAGAUAUUUGGUAUGAUUUUUAUACUGGACAAUGUAUUGUAUCUGAAGGAGGUGGUCAAAUUUUAGAUGCCCCACUAGAUAAGAUUAAUCUUCAUGUACGUGGUGGAUAUAUCUUACCCUGGCAAUAUGCUAAUACUACCACAACACUCAGUCGUAAAAAUAAGUUUGGAUUAUUGGUGGCAUUAAAUAGUAGUGGAGGUGCUGAAGGUGAUCUAUUUUGGGAUGAUGGGGAUACUUUAGAUACUCAUGAAAAGAAAAUAUUUAAUAUGUUUACUUUCACUGCUGAUUCGAAAGGAGUAUAUGUUAAUGCCAUGUAUAUAGGACUGUCACAAGAAUCCAUGUAUUUGGGUGAUAUCACUGUAUUUGGUGUUAAAACUAAACCCGCCAGUAUAACAGUUAAUAAUAAAGCUGUACAAUUUGUAUAUAAUGACCAAUACAAGGUAUUAUAUAUAGCUGGACAUUCCUUUGAUUUAUAUCAACCCAUUAGAUUACUCUGGACAUUUUAAUGUUUUAUUUAAUAUUUUUGUUGUUUUGCAUAUGUACCUUUGUUACCAAUAUACUCCCUUUCUUAUUUUACUACCAAAUUUAAAAUAUAUCAUAAUUUUAAAUAAUAACAAUCAAGGGCCUUUCAUGAAAAUUUUUCGUUUGAAUAGUUAUUUUAAAUUUAGUUUUUAUACCAGUUUUAUAUGUUGAUUUGAACUGUUAUUGUCUAGUCAAUGAUGAUUGUUAUGUUAAAGGGUAAGAUUGAUGUUUUUAGUUUGACAGUAACCACAUGAAAAAUAUUUUGACAAUUGUAGCUAGCUGUUGGUAGGUAGGAAAUUUUGCCACAACAAUAUAUGAAGUCUCAUUUUAUUGCCGUAUCUCACUGUUUCUGAUCAAUGCUUGGAAUGUCAGUUAAGCAAAAAUUUUACUGAGCUAUCCUGCUUCCCACAAACUAUUUGAAGGUUUCUAUGUAGGUAUUGUUGAUCUAAAGUUCAAACUUUGUAAUGCUCUACAAAAGUCUACAAAAAGUGCAUAGGUAUCAUACAUGCUAAAUGACUGCAAGCCACAUUAUAUUGUCAAAUAUAUUAAAAAAUGUCAGAUAAGUCAGCAUGCUGAAAGAUUGCUUGUCAACUGUCUGGGUUUUUUCCAACUUAAUUUUAUUUUUUUACGUCUGGUUCAAACUGACUAAUUCAAAUUACCGGUUGAUAUUUGUCCAUGAUGGUUUACUGUCUUUUACUCCUAAUAUUCACAAUAAAAACAGGCAGAAUUUAAUUUCAGCUAACUAAAUCAUUUUACAGAAUAAAAUUUGGGAGUUGUGUUUGUCUGCAAUUUAAUAAACAUGGGGUAAAGUUGAAUGAUUGUCUAAAUUAUUUUAAAAUUAUUGACAUAUUAGUACGACAAACUUUUGAAAUAUAGCUUUUGUCAGAUGGUAAAACAAGUAGAUAGUAUAACCCAAUAAUCUUCUUACUGUUUUUGUGCUGAACCUGAAUGAGUGCUUGAUGUUUUAUUUUGCUAACUGAUUUGUUUUAUUUUUGUAUUUUGGAAAGAUGAAUGAUUUUUGGAAUGAUUUUAAUGUUUGAAAUAAAAAGAACUGUGAUAAAAUAAAUUUUAUGAAAAGUGAAA